UCACAUUAACGUCCAAUUUUGUUGCUUCCUUUUUCUUUUUAUAUUUUUCCUAUGUAAUUUAGAUGAAUGAUCGUGGGUGUGAUUUAGGUUCAAAGAUAAAUGUGGGUUUUGUCGGUGGUUCUUUUUUUUUUUUUUUUUUUGUGGGUGUUAGAAACAAUGUAUUUGUGUCAGUUAAGUACUAAAAUCCGCGCAUAGCGGGAGCUUUGAUGUUCCGGGCUUCCUUUUUUUUAGGAACAAUGUAUUGGUGCAGCAAAAUUAUGGGUGUUGAUUUGUGUUUGUUUUGCUUGGUACAAUUUCUUGAUGUGUGAAUUGCAUUUCGUUUUUUUGUUUAGUAUGCAACAACUCAUUUGUUCAGAGAAUAUACUGAAAAACGCUGAGGUUUUUUUUGUUCUUUAGGACUAGGAGUUAAUUUAAUUUCAUUGAACUGGCUUUCUUGAAAUUCAUAUUGUAGAAUUGAGCUGCGACUUGAUUUUGACUAAAGAAAUAUAACGAGACUGUUGCGUUCACCGGUUAAAAAGCUGGUUGUAGUCGGAUUUUAAUUUCAUUGAAUUAUCUUUCUUAGAAUUCUUAUUGUAGACUUGAGCUGUGACUUGAUUUUGACUAAGAAUGUAACAAGAUGGAUGCGUUCAAUGUCUAAAAAGCUGGUUGCAAUCGGAUUACAUGGUCAGAUUUAAGCUUAUGGAAUGAUUUUGUUGGAGAUUGAGAGAGAAUUUUUAUGUCGUUGAACCACAACAUAUCCAAGGACAAGAGGGGGUUGCUUGGAUAGUAAGCACUCCCCACCUUCAAACCUAAGGUUUUGGUUUUGAGUCAUCAGGGAGCAAAAUGGUGAGAGUUCCCUGGAAGCGGUAAAAAAAUAUCAUAAAGAGAACAAUGGACCAAGGGGCUCGAGGAAAGGGUCAACCAGAUUAUGGUAGUGGUCCAUUUUAUAUGACGAAUCCAAGUGUUCCUCCUGCUACAAAUUCAAGGCUUUCACCUCUUCCUCAUGAACCCGCUGACUAUGAUCAUGCUGCAACAGUUGAUAUACCUCUUGAUAAUUCUAAGGAUAUGAAGAAUAAAGAAAAAGAACUCCAAGCUAGAGAAGCUGAACUAAGAAAAAGAGAACAGGACCUGAAAAGGAGGGAAGAUGCUAUAGCAAGAGCUGGAGUUAUCAUAGAGGAGAAGAAUUGGCCACCUUUCUUCCCCAUUAUUCAUCAUGAUAUUGCAAAUGAUAUUCCAGUCCAUCUACAGCAGUUGCAGUAUGCUGCAUUUUUUACGUGGUUGGGUUUGGCAGGCUGUCUUCUAUGGAACCUUAUAGCAGUUACCUCAGCUUGGAUCAAAGGAGAAGGUAUAACUAUCUGGCUUCUUGCUAUUAUCUACUUAAUAUCUGGUGUCCCAGGAGCCUAUGUGUUGUGGUAUCGUCCCCUUUAUCGUGCAAUGAGGACGGAUAGUGCACUGAAGUUUGGAUGGUUCUUCUUAUGUUAUCUCUUUCACAUUGGAUUCUGCAUCAUUGCUACGGUGGCACCUCCUAUUUUCUUCAAGGGAAAAUCUUUAGCUGGUAUCUUGCCUGCACUUGAUCUUUUAGGCUGGAGCGGUCUGGUUGGGAUAUUCUACUUCAUCGGGUUUGCAUUCUUCUGUAUUGAAUCACUGGCCAGCAUAUGGGUUAUUCAGCAAGUGUACAUGUAUUUCCGAGGGAGUGGCAAAGCUGCUGAGAUGAAGAAAGAGGCUGCAAGAUCGACAAUGAUGGCAGCACUAUGACAAUAUGGUCGCAAAGGCAUGCAGUUUUUGUGCUCCCAGGCUGUUGAAUUCUUUGAUUCCUUUCUUCUCACACCAUAUAUCACACUCGAGCGCUGGAAAUGUGAUUUCGGAAGUACAUAGUCAUGUUAGAACCGGCUAUAUAUAUGCAUGAUGUAUUAGUACUAGUACGUAUUGUCGCAAGCAUUAUCAGAACAUCGAUGUUAAUUGGUAUCAUAUCCUAUCUGUCUCUGGGGAUCUUCUGCAUGCUCUUAGAAGAACAUUACCAUAUGCAAAUAUACAAAAAUCAUUGAAUA